AUGGCAACGCGGAUCCCGAUGAGGUUGGAGAGGCGGCAGCAACGAGCUUCAGGACGGAGCUCCAGGCGGCGGCUUGGUGCUCGUCUGGCAGCGAGGCGGCACAGGAGGACGGACUUGGCGCCGGGGAUGACGUGGCUGCAGCCAGAUCCAUCCGCGAAUGGGAAGGGACGGCGAAGGCCGGCCGGACCUGGUCGUUGGGCGGCGGAGGUCGGGGCCAUCCAUGUCGAGGUAGGGCGCAGCGGCGAGGUGAAGCAGCAGCAUGCGGGGCGAGGGAAGGUCCCUGGUGACGGGGCACCGACGAGCGGAGGCGGGCGGCGAAGGUGCUGCAGGGAGCAGGGGAGAGGAGACGCUGCGAGGGGAGGUUCGGGCAUGAGGUGCGGCGUGAGGGAGAUGGGCAAGGAUCGAGCGAGUCUAACCCUGGUGGCGCGUGGUGGGGAACGAGGGGAUCGGGACGAGAGGCUGCUAGCGGCUAGGGUUAAGGAGAUGGUGGGGCGCCUGGGCCUAGCAGGCCUGCUUGUGGCCUAA